AGUGUAGGCGGACUGUCCCUUUAAAUGACUCCUCCCACUGGUCGCUAACAUAACAGCGCCCCGUCAUUAGCAGCUAGUGUCACAUCAACAAUGACUGUUUUCGCUGAUUUCAAUGAAUAACACCAGUAUUUCAAUAGAUAUUCUGAAAAUUUAGUGCGUUUAACUAGUUGUCUAUGCAACGGAGCAGCAUCUAACACAGAGAGCAGACGCAGCUGGCGCAGAGGAGAAAAAUCACAAACACCAGACAUAUAGCUGAGAGAAGUGAGCCGUGGGUGUGUCUGCAAUGGCUGGAGGAAGGAGAGGGGCGAACCGUACCACAUACUGCAGACCUCCACUGAACAGUGAACAAGGUUCGGUCAGCAAUGGCACCCACUCAACCAGCUCCCCGGUCACCGGGGUGCGAUCUCGUGCGAGGAACGGUUCAGGAACAUGUAUGUCCAGCCCUCCGCUGGCUGCUCAGACGGUGGUUCCUCUGAAGCACUGUAAGAUCCCGGAGUUGUCUGUGGAUCGUAACGUGCUGUUUGAGCUCCAUCUUUUCUUCUGCCACCUCGUUGCUCUCUUUGUGCACUAUGUCAACAUCUACAAGACUGUUUGGUGGUACCCCCCAUCACACCCUCCCUCCCACACAUCACUGAACUUUCAUCUUAUUGAUUAUAACAUGCUGGUGUUUACAAUCAUCAUACUAGCAAGGAGGUUAAUUGCAGCAAUUGUUAAAGAGGCAUCACAGAGUGGGAAACUCUCCUUCCCUCAUUCGAUCUUUCUUGUGAUCGCUCGGUUUGCUGUGCUGACCCUGACAGGCUGGAGCCUGUGCCGCUCCCUCAUUUAUCUCUUCAGAACCUACUCUGUCCUCAGUCUGCUCUUCCUCUGCUACCCAUUUGGGAUGUAUAUCCCAUUCUUCCGACUGAGCUGUGACUUCCGGCGAGCAGGUCCGCUCUCCCCCAUUGCCAGCAUUGGCUCUAAGGAGGUGGGCAGCAUGGGCCGUGGCAGGGACUACCUAACUGUGCUGAAGGAGACGUGGAAGCAGCACACCAGCCAGCUGUAUGGUGUUCAGGCCAUGCCAACGCAUGCCUGCUGCCUCUCCCCUGACCUCAUCCGCAAGGAAGUGGAAUACCUGAAGAUGGACUUCAACUGGAGAAUGAAGGAGGUGCUGGUCAGCUCCAUGCUCAGUGCUUACUAUGUGGCCUUUGUACCUGUCUGGUUUGUCAAGAGUACACACUAUGUGGACAAACGCUGGUCCUGUGAACUGUUCAUCCUGGUUUCCGUCAGUACAUCAGUCAUCCUCAUGAGGCACUUGUUGCCACCGCGAUACUGUGACCUGCUUCACAAAGCUGCAGCUCACCUGGGCUGCUGGCAGAAAGUAGACCCCUCACUCUGUUCUAACGUUCUUCAGCACAUAUGGACAGAAGAAUACAUGUGGCCACAAGGAGUCCUGGUUAAACAUAAUAAGAACGUCUACAAGGCAAUGGGUCACUACAAUGUUGCAGUCCCGUCAGAUGUGUCCCAUUAUCGGUUCUAUUUCUUCUUCAACAAGCCUUUACGAAUAUUGAACAUACUGAUCAUCCUGGAAGGUGCCAUGAUAUUCUACCAGCUUUACUCACUGAUAUGCUCAGAAAAGUGGCACCAGAUGAUAUCACUGGCUCUAAUUCUCUUCAGCAACUACUAUGCCUUCUUCAAGCUCCUCAGAGACAGAAUAGUCCUAGGAAAGGCAUACUCGUACUCAAACAGCUCAUCAGACCAGAAAGUCAGUUAAGACAAGUUAUUUUUAGGGGGAACAAACAUGCCUAAGCGCUCUGUAUUUUUUCUAUGAACUGCAUUUUGUGUCAUGUUUUUGUUCUUAUCUGCCAUAAUAAAAAGAAAUAUUUUUCUAUUACUUUAAA